CAUACAAAAAUGACCUGUAAAUAUCACACUAAAAACUCAUACAAACAAACACAUCUAUAUCUAUAAUCUAUCUAUCCAUCCACUAAAUAAUAAUAAUAACUCUGUCUAAUUCCAGUUGAGUUGACACACAUUAUACAUUACAGUUACAGCCUCUCCACACCCAAUCACCAAACCCUAAUUACCAAUAAAAUUCACCUAAUUUCCAUAUGAAUCUAGAUUGCGGAUUAAGAACCAGAUCCUGCCGUGUGAUCCAAGACACGUCAUCAAUAACCAGUGCGAUUCCGAUGAAAUCGGAAGAUAAAGAAAUUGAAGAUGAUGAAGAGGAAGAAGGGAGGUGUUGUUGGGCGAAUAUGCCGCCGGAGCUGUUACGUGAAGUAUUGAUCCGGAUCGAAGCGUCGGAAGAAAAGUGGCCGUCGAGGAAGAAUGUUGUAGGGUGUGCAACUGUGUGUAGAAGCUGGAGAGAAAUUAUGAAGGAGAUUGUUAAAAGACCUGAGGUUUCUGGCUUGUUGACUUUUCCAAUCUCCGUCAAACAGCCCGGUCCAAGAGAGACUCUCCUCCAAUGUUUUAUCAAAAGGAAACGGUCUACGCAAACAUAUUCUCUUUACCUUAGUUUGACUCAAGCACUUGCUGAUGAUGGAAAAUUUCUUCUUGCUGCUCGCAAGUUUAGACGUCCCACAUGUACCGAUUACAUCAUCUCUUUACAUGCUGAUGAUAUGUCAAAGGGGAGCAGUAGAUAUAUUGGGAAAUUAAGAUCAAACUUUUUGGGAACAAAAUUCGUUGUGUAUGAUGGUCUGCCACCUCAUGAUGGAGCUAAAAUGACAAAGAGUCGGUCCACUAGGUUUAUUGGUUCCACUCAAGUAUCCCCUAGAGUUCCUGCUGGAAGCUAUCCAGUAGCUCACAUCUCGUAUGAGUUGAACGUGUUGGGAUCCAGGGGUCCAAGAAGAAUGCAGUGCAUCAUGGAUCCCAUCCCUGCUUCUGCAAUUGAACCGGGAGGUGUGGCGCCAACACAAACUGAGUUUCCCCUUAGCAGUGGUGAAUCUUUUCCUUCAAUUCCUUUUUUCCGAUCCCGAUCAAGCUGCGUAGAAAAAAGUGGUCUUGGAGUAUCAGGCAAUCAACGUGAUGGACCUCUAAUUUUGAAAAACAAAUCUCCUAGAUGGCAUGAACAGCUUCAGUGCUGGUGCUUAAAUUUUCAAGGACGAGUUACAGUUGCUUCAGUCAAGAAUUUUCAGUUAGUAGCUACACCGCCAAGUGGACAAUCGGGGCGGCAAUAUGAGAAGGUUAUUCUUCAGUUUGGAAAGGUAGGGAAGGAUGUGUUUACCAUGGAUUAUCGCUAUCCUAUAUCGGCUUUUCAAGCAUUUGCCAUCUGCCUCAGCAGCUUUGACACCAAGAUAGCUUGUGAAUGAUGUGGACUGACAGGAGCAACUUUGAUGCACUAAACUCAGGUAAAGGAUGGAAAUAAAAUUCUGAAAGAGUAUAUUUUCAUGGCGUGAAUGAGGCAGACUUGAUGCUUCAACGUGUCUUUGCUCGGAGUGAGUCAAAAGAAAAUCAAAAAUAAGAAGCCAUUCAUUGAUGGUGAUGCUUUUGUGGGUUUUUGACUUUUUGUUGUUUCUCUUGUAAAUAGUAUUUAUUUCUUUUCAGUGUCUGCUUGUUUCUCUUUCACAUUUCAGUAUGUUUGACUUGGAGCCAUACAGUCACUGAUUUUUUC